AUGGCGUCGAAAGCGUUGAUACCGUUCUUGGUGGCCAUGAUGCUGCUAACGGGUGUAUGCAAUACCCUCUUGACAAAGUAUCAGGACAACCAAUGCGUCCGCGAUUGCGACACGGCCCACCCGAAGCUGUUCGAGCAGCCCGUCUUACAAACUGCGCAAAUGUUCAUCGGCGAGUCCGGCUGUUGGAUCGUUGUCGGACUCAUGACUUUGUACCGUAAAUACUUUGGCAGCCAGACUCCGGGCGAGAACGGAUAUCGACCCGUGAACACCAAUGACGGAACCGAAAACGAAGAAGCUGAAGGGGCCGAGAACAGCGCCGCCGCGACCAAGGGCGCAGGUUACGGUGUCCUGUCGGGGUUCAGAGUGCUGCUGCUCGCACUGCCGGCCAUUUGCGACAUCUGCGGCACCACCCUGAUGAAUGUCGGCCUCUUGAUGGUGGCUGCCAGUAUAUACCAAAUGACGCGUGGCGCAUUGGUCCUGUUUGUUGGCCUCUUCAGCGUCACCUUUCUGCGACGUCGGCUGCACGCGUUUCAGUGGGUUAGUCUCGUCGGUGUCGUGCUGGGUGUCGCCAUUGUUGGUCUUGCUGGUGCUAUUCAACCCGAUCGCAAGGCCGCCCCGGCAUCGAUUGCCGCCGGCGAGCCAACGGCCGAGGACCCCGCUCUUCCGGAUGCUGCGAGGGUGAUCAUUGGCGUGCUGCUGAUUGCUGGUGCUCAGAUCUUCACUGCUACGCAAUUCGUGCUUGAGGAGUGGAUUCUAGAGCGCUCGUCGAUUGAGCCGAUCGCCGUGGUCGGUUGGGAAGGUCUAUUUGGCUUGGUUGUCACAUUGAUCGGAAUGCUCGUGCUGCACCUUGCCAUUGGGCGAACGGAUUCUGGACGCUAUGGCAUGUUCGACAUGGUCGAAGGGUUCCGCCAAAUGACCGAAUACAAGGCAGUUCUUGUGUCGAGUUUCAUGAUCAUGAUUAGCAUCGGUGGUUUCAACUUCUUUGGUCUCUCUGUUACACGCAGCGUUUCUGCCACGUCUCGCUCUACUAUUGACACCUGCCGUACACUCUUUAUCUGGAUCGUCUCCCUGGGUCUUGGCUGGGAGACGUUCAAGUGGCUGCAGGUCCUCGGAUUUGCCCUGCUGGUUUACUUCACCUUCCUUUUCAACGGCAUUGUCAACCCCCCUUUCAAGUUCCUCGAAGUUGAUGAAUCUGAAAUUGAGGAACUCUUGCCCGAGGAGCCCAUUGAGCACAAUUGA